UUGGCCUCUUUCCUUAUUAUCAGCGACAUGUUUACCGACGACGCUGUGAAUGCGUUCAGCAUCCCGACACAGUGGAGGAAGUGUCAGACAGCGCAGAAUUCGAGAAGCUGUCAGACCAGACCUGUUCACAGCGCUGAUGUGGAAGUCCAGACAGCGUCUUGUGCACAGAACUCCACUCAAACAAUCCCACAGGACCAAGUAACCGAGCAUCUCUGUCAGCAAAACUGCACCGAAUCGGUGCCACCCGGCCUCCUGGAGUUUUUGCUGGGAGUUGAGGACUUCGUUGUUGAAGAAUUGAACAAAAACUUCCAGAGCCAUGCUUUCGAUGGGUUUCAGGCAAACUGGGAAGAUCCAAGUGUGCUGGUUUCAUGCUUCCACUGCCUUCAGCAUCCCAGUGCUCAAGAAAAAGGUCUUCACGUCACCAGUGUGUGCUGGAGUUCGACGGGUUCCAUGGUUGUCUGCGGCUACGGUCGGGUUGACGAUGGAGACUGGAUCACGGAGAGGUCCUGUGUUUGCAUGUGGAAUGUGGACCGCGGGAGUCUGUGCGACAACAAACCCGACCUGGUUAUCAACGUGCCGACGCCCGUGACAGCACUGUGCUGUCAUCCAAACCAGCCGGCCCUCUUUGCAGGUGGGCUCUACAGUGGAGAGGUGGUAAUCUGGGACAUCAGUCAGACUCCGGAUCCUGAACUCGCUCAUACCGUCAUGUCGUCAGACAGCCACAGAGAGCCUGUAAAUGAGGUUGCCUGGGUGCCGCUGCAGAAGAAGGGAGAAUUUGGGGUGCUAAGCGCGUGUUCAGGAGGACGAGUGCUGGUGUGGACUGUGGGCUCGGACCCGGGAACAUUGGUCCUGAACGCAGCAUAUGCUUUUAUACAACAACAGGUUCCCCACAGCAGUAGUUCACAUUUCAAGGCCAGCGGCAGCGUGGGCGUCACCGCUUUGGCUUUGUCUCCAUGGGACCCCGACACUUUCCUGGUGGGUUCUGAGGACGGGCUGCUGCUCAAAUGCUCAUUCUCCUCCCAAACGCCGGCCGCCGUGCCGGCCGACGGCGCCGGCGUGGCGUCCAGAGCCCCGGCCGUCUUCUCCUUCACCCCCCGCUCCGGCCCCGUGUACUCCGUCCACUGCUCGCCGUUCCACAGGAACCUGUUUGUGAGCGCGGGGACCGAGGGUUCGGCCCACAUCUACUCUCUGCUCCAGGCCAACCCGCUGCUCUCCCUCAGGGUUUCCGACUCCUACUUGUUUCAGGCGCAGUGGUCUCCAACCAGACCGCUGGUUUUCGCCGCGGCUACCGGACAAGGCGAGGUGCACAUUUUCGACCUGGGCCACCGGUCACCCAGACCGGCGGCCACCAUAGCGGGCGUCCCCGGACGGGCAGCCACGUGUUUGGCCUUCAGCCGGGGGAACCCUCACCUCCUGGCGGUGGGGAAAGCGGACGGGACGGUCGGCAUUUGGAAGCUGAGCGACGAUUUGACCGAGCAGAGCCCCAGAGAAAUCAGCCUUCUUGACCAUAUAGCAGGUCAAGUGGCAGAAUGA